UCUUGUUAAGACUGAUAUUGACUGUUUACGGGAUUUAUAUAUAAAUGUCUAAAAACUUGAAUUCCAUGCAUAAUUAUCAUUAAUUUGUCUGUGUCUCUUAAAGAGACAACAAAUAAUAUUCUGUUUGGACCUGAAGCAUAUAUAAGGAAGACGCUGUCCAUUCAGCGCAGCAGAUCAUAUCGAGAAAUUACACAAGGAAUAUUAAUCGCGGAUCUAUAAAAAGAACAGAUCAGACUCAGAAAAAGAAACUAACAGCACAAGAUCUUAUUCUUCUAAGUCAACAGCAACAAAAGAGAAUCACUUGCGAUAUGCCAUGUGAAUGCUGCAGAGAUACGGACAGAAGCCCUGGACCAUUAUAUCAAUUUAUCGCCCAUGUUAUUGAUAACGCAACAUCCGGGAUACAGACAAUGACACUGCUUCGCGAUUAUUGUUACAUAAUUCCAAAUUAUUGGUAACAUUUUAUACGGACUUUAUCUUCUGUCAGAUGCGCUUUCCAGUGCUUAUGGGAGUAUAAAAAGUUAAUUAAAAGACAAUAUCAUUUAUUAGGUACGGAGAAGAGGAAUGCGAGGCAUUCUGAAUCCCCAAGUUAAAACAAUUCCGACACCAUAAUAAACGAAGUAUAACCGCUGAUUAAAGAAUGGAUGGUUUAAUUAAGUUAGUGAGUUUUGUGACAAUCGUGAUAUUUUUACCUGGACAAACAGUACUUGGAAGAGGAUGUUACAGAGAUCCAAAAAUAUAUACAGUAAAGGUUGCAGCUGAAAGUCAACAUGUGCUAAUACUAAAGGCAAUGAUAAAAUGUCUAAACUCUACGGCACCAUUAGAUGAAAAAUUGAAAGGACAGUAUUGCCCUUCAGUUUUCGACAACCUUAUGUGUUGGCCACACACGAGAGCGGGCAUCGUACUACAACAAAACUGUCCGGACUAUAUUAACAAUUUUAACACACAAGAGAAAGCUCGGCGAGAAUGUCUAUUUAAUGGUACAUGGUUCAUUCAUCCAGAGACGAAUGCAACAUGGACUGACUUUACCCAAUGCAUGCGGCCGUACAAUCCUACCGAUCCUCUAAUGGAGGAUUUGCCAAAGAUUGAGAGAUUAAAUAUGAUCGGCUACUCCGUGUCCUUGACCUUUUUGAGUGUGGCUGUCGUGGUGAUGUUGUCCUUAAAGAGAUUACAUUGUCAGAGGAACUACAUUCAUAUUAAUUUAUUCGUUUCGUUCGUUCUGCGUUCCAUUAUCUGCCUCGUCAAGGAUGUAUUCCACACGCCCGACGGUGACACCAGAGUUAUCAAUAAUACAGUGACCUUAACCACCCUCGGAUCGAACUGGCCGUGUAAAUUGCUUUUCUCAAUAUUUAAUUACAUCAUAGUUGCAAACUACACAUGGAUUUUUCUAGAGGGACUAUUCCUUCACAAUAUAAUCUUCGUCACGACCUUCAAGAACAGCAAGCGAUUCUUCAUGUAUAUCAUAUUUGGCUGGUGUUCACCUCUUCUUUGCAUAAUUCCAUGGGUAAUAGUUCGAAGAUUGUUAGAAGACACUUUGUAAGUUAUGUCCAAAUAUAGUUUUCAUUUUAAAAUGUUUUCUUCAAAUCUCAUAUAAA